AUGAGCCAUGACCCCAGUGCCAGCCCUGUGGAGAGCACCCGCGAACCCAAACUCAUAAGGGUGACUUUGAAAGGCCCAGGGAAAGCACAGGACUGCCAGGUCAACGAGAAGAGCACCGUUGCGGAGCUCAAGAACGAGGCCGCCCGCCAUUUCUUGCUCGGCAAGGAGCAGGUGCUUCUGAUAUUUGCGGGGAAAAUAUUGAAAGACCAAGAAAGUCUUCUCCAGCACGGCAUCCAAAGUGGAGACAUGGUUCAUGUGGUGGUGAAAAGGCUGGAGCUCAGACCCAACCACGCCUUGCCAACACGCUCAGUGGCACCAGGCUACAGUAGCACUCCUGGCACGGCUGCUGGUGCCUCCGAGUCUGCUGGAGGGGCUACCUUGCGGCCGUUGCUGAGGCGCAUCCGGAGAGACCUGCUGACCCUGCUAGACAUCUUCAGUGAGAUGCCUCAGCACUUCCAGCAUCACCCAGAGCUCAUGUUCCAGGUGGUGCAGAGCUCCACCGUCCAGGGCUUGCUCUCCAAGGAGACCAAUCCUCUCACUGUCGCCUUCAUCCUGGGAGUCUCCAGCCUGGUCAGCCUGAGAACAAUGCAGUCAAGAGCCGAGAAAGAGGAGGAGUUUAGUGACAAGGUGGUGGCCGAGGCUCUGGAGGAACCUGUCAUCCAGAACAUCCUCGCCAACACAAAGGAGAUGGCCCAGUUCUUGUCAGAGAACCCAGAGCUGAAAACAUUUGCUCAAGAGACGCCGCAGUUUGGCCGGCUGUUGAGCCUCAGUGGCUUAACUAAGAUAAUGGCCAUCUAUAAGAAGCUUCCACAACUGGUGGGCACCAUCGCUACACCGGACAUGAGCCUUGAAGCGGACAUGCUGGAUGAUCUGCAGUCCUUCCGCCAGUUGUUUGUGGACAUCCGCCAAGUCCUCUCUGGUCCAGAGGUCCAGGAUGAACUUGAGGAAAGGAUGCUGAGGCACACUAUCGAAACCAGCCCUUCCUUAAUCCAACUUGCUAAAGAAAAUGCCAGGAUUGGCCACCUGCUGAGCAAUCCGAAGGUCGUGGGAGAAAUAAUCCGGUACAUCCAAAAGCCGGAAGUCAAGCAGGAAAUGGACAGGCAUUGUGAUCGGAUCCUGAGCAACAUGGAAAGUUUCCCGGGAGGCUAUAACAUCUUGCAACGCGUGUAUAAGGAGAUGGAGGAGCCCAUCUGGAGCGUGAUGGAACAACAGCACCAAAAUCCUUUUGCUACACCGGGUGGGAGUCCAGCUUCGAAUCAGGCCAUUCUUCCCCCCAGGAUAGAGAACCGAACGCCUCUGCCGGACCCCUGGGCUGCUCGGCAGCUGCAGACCAGGCCUCAGGCGAUGGGCAAGGCCAACCCCCAGAGAGGUGCUGUGGAAGAGGGGAACCUCCAUCCAGAGAAGGUCUCAAAGGGGACCCAAGUGGAUUUUAGUUUGGAAAGCAGCCAGACUGAAGAAAGCAGCCAGACUGAGGACUUAGCUGAAGCGCCAAAUGCCUGCCCAGAGAGUCCCACCCCUUUCUGGCAGGAUGGAGAAGCCCCAGCAACGGAGUCUCCAGCCUCACAGACUCCAGGAGUUCAACCUCAGGAUCUGCAGGCGCUUCCUGGCCAGCCUAAGGCCAGCCCAAGAGAAGGACGGAGUCCUCAGGAGCUGCUGGAGACCGAAGACAACCUGGAAACCUCCACGGAGACCCCACCUGGCUCCAGUCUACCUUAG